AUGGCGUCAUGGUACCGCCGUUUCAUCCCGGCUUUCUCCAUGAUCGCGGCCCCGCUUACGCAAUUGACGAAGAAAAACGCCCGAUGGAAAUGGGGCGAAGGAGAGGCCACCGCGUUCCCUCAACUUAAACGCGCUUUGAGUUCUGCGCCGGUUUUAGCUUGCCCCGAUUUCACGUGCCGUUUCUUCCUCCAAACCGACGCUAGCACGACCGGACUCGGCGCGGUGUUAACACAAAACUUCGAGGAGGGCGAACGCGUCAUCGCCUAUGCGAGCCGUACUCUAAACGCAGCCGAGCGCAACUAUAGCGCCACGGAGCUCAAAUGCCUAGCUAUCGUGUGGGGCAUCCGGCGAAAGAGCUACCUAGAAGGGUACGCCUUCACCGUCGUGACAGACCACCUGGCCCUGCGUUGGCUACAGAAAAUAGAGUUUCCGAUCGAACGCCUCGGACGCUGGAUAUUCGAGCUCCAGCAAUAUGACUUUGAUGUGAAAUACAGCCGCAGGGUACUCAAUCGCGUCGCGGACGCGCUAUCACGCCACUCGGCGACCUGCGCCGCGAAACGCCAGGGAUGCGCUUGCCUCAAUUUCAAGGACACCGCCGCGGAAGAACAGUGGAAGCUAUGCAUACUUAAGGAGGCCAUAAAUGAAAUACUACGCCGAUACCACGACGCCCCCACCGCCAAGCACAUGGGCAUCGCCAAAACGAUCGCCCGGAUUGCCGAAUUCUAUUAUUGGCCGGAUGUUCCGCGACAUCGCGAACUACGUGCGAACCUGCAGAAAUUGUCGCACAAUUGUCGUACAGCAGCGGCCGGCAGGAAUACUCCACGCUACCUACGUCAGCCGACCGUGGGAGCAGGUAACGCUCGACCUAGUUGGACCACUGCCACGCUCUCAUCAGGGGCAUGGCUCUUCGUGAUGCAAGAUCGCUUCACGAAGUGGGUGGAGCUUGUACCCCUGCGUCAAGCGACAGCGAGCGCCGUCACCAAAGCUCUAACCGAGCGCAUAAUUCUGCGCCACGGACGACCGGACUCCGUGCUGUCGGACAACGGCACCCAGCUAAGGUCCAGAAAAAUGGAAGAACGCCUACGAGCGUGGAACAUCCGCCACGUUACCGCUCCAGCUUACUCUCCACAUUGUAAUCCGGUGGAGAGAACCAACAGGACCAUUAAAACCAUGGUCACCCAGUAUGUGGAGAAAGACCACCGGGCCUGGGACGAACACAUUCCGGCGUUCCAGUUCGCCUUCAAUACGGCCCUCCACGACGCCACCGGAUACAUGCCCGCCUUCCUGAAUCACGGUCGCGAGCUACGAGGACCAGAAGACACCGACCAGCCGACCGCGGAGCACAACGCCCCGGAUAACCUCCACCAAAAGCUCAUGGAGGCGAUGGAUCUACGAAGCAAGCGGGGGAAAUGGAUAAGACAUGUACACGUACAAGAUCUGAAGGCCGCUCAUGUCAAUAAAAACAAUAACAACUUUAUUCCUCUCGAGGAUGACAACGACCUCGAGCCAGAGAUAGCGACGAUAAAAGAAUCGAGCGAACCAUCGAGCGAAAUGGAAGCGACAAAUAGAGAGAUCCUGGAAGACAUUGAGGCCCUGCUUCGAGAAUACGAGGCAGGCAUCGCCGACCCGACCCAGGUGACGGAGCCGGCACCAUCAGACACCGCCACACCAACACCAGCGCGGCCACCGAAGGUCGGGACCGUCAUACAGCGGUCCGACCAAACCAAUCGCCGUAAACAAGAGGCCUUCCUGACACCACCACCUAAGGCGAGGGCACCACGCCCUUACGAACGGCCACCCCGGCCAUUGAAACCCGAGGCCGUCACCACCGAACGACCGACCUUGCUGGGACCGCCACCGAUUCCCGUGGAAGUUUAG